AUGACCAGAUCAUCUAAGGGUGAACUAAUUGAUUUAGAUCCAGAAAUUGAGAGGACCCUUAGGCGACAAGCAAGAGAACUUAGGUCUCAAGAUAGGACAGUGACUAAUAGUGUCUUUCCCAUUGUCUUUGAUACUGUGUCUGAGUUCCAACCUAAAUUGAUCGAUAUGGCCGCCAAUGAAAAUAAUGGCAAUGAGAAUAGGAAUAAUGGGAAUAAUGCUAACAUAACUAUUAAAGAAUUGGCUGCCCCUAAUGUGCAUUAUCAACCCUUGUGUAUUCACUAUCCUCGAUUAGAGGCAAUCUUCGAACUGAAAUCUGGAUUGAUACAUUUGCUUCCUAAGUUUCAUGGUCUUGCAGGUGAAGAUCUACACAAGCAUCUGAAGGAGUUUCAUGUGGUAUGCUCCACCAUGAGGCCGCAAAGGGUUGAUGAAGAACAAAUAAAGCUAAGGGCAUUCCCUUUCUCUCUUGAUGGAGCUGCCAAAGACUGGCUGUAUUACUUGCCACCAGCUGCCAUUACCAAUUGGGAUGGCCUGAGGAGAAUAUUUCUGGAGAAGUUCUUCCCUGCUUCCAGAACAACAGCCAUCCGGAAGGACAUUUGUGGCAUCCGACAGAUAGGUGGAGAAAGCUUGCAUGAGUAUUGGGAGAGAUUCAAGAAGUUGUGUGCUAGUUGUCCUCAUCAUCAGAUAAGUGACCAGCUCCUCAUUCAAUAUUUUUAUGAAGGCUUGCUCCCCAUUGACAGGUACUUAGUGGAUGCUGCAUCUGGAGGAGCCUUAGUGGAAAAGACACCAGCUGCAGCCCGGGACUUAAUUUCAAAGAUGGCUCAAAAUGCACAACAAUUUGGUACCAGGUUGAACACUCCCAUGAAGACUGUCAAUGAGGUUGGUUUUGCUACACCUAUGGACCAACGGAGAAUAGAAAAUAGGCUGGAAGAACUAACUUCAAUGGUUCGCCAGUUAGCCCUUGAUCGAAACCAGCCCCCGCAGGUAUGUGGCAUUUGUUCAUUAUCUUCACAUGUAACUGAUCAGUGCCCACAAUUGCAGGAUAACACAGAAUCAUGUAAUGGAAUCUUCCCUGGAAGACCGUUUCAGCAACAGCCACAACAGAAUAGGUAUGAUCCCUAUGCUCCCACCUACAAUCCGGGCUGGAGAGACCAUCCCAACUUCAGAUACAGGGGUGCUUCAACUCAACCAUUCCAGCAGAGGUUCAAUGCACCGGGUCAAAGUAAUGCCACACCAAUGAAGCAACAAGCACAAACAUUACCCAAGGCCGAACUGAGCUUGGAUGACAUAGUGCAGCAAUUAUCUGCCAAUACUCUCAAAUUCCAACAACGGACUGACACCACCAUAUAG